AUGCACGAUCAAGUUCUACAGAAUCUGUGGGAAACGGCCCAAGGAAAAUGGGAGACCGGUGUUCUACCGACUGCAGAGAGCCUCGCUCGGGCACGCGCCUCGCUUCCACGCAGUUUGCCAGAUUCAGGAAUCAAUUUGGAAGAUGUGCAACAGCAUAUCUUGAACGAGAUUGUCCCCGCCUUCAAUGGGGGCAGCAUCAGUCCCAAUUACUACGGCUUCAUUACCGGUGGAGUCACACCCGCCGCCCUCUUCGCGGACAACGUGGUCUCUGCUUACGAUCAGAAUGUUCAAGUUCACCUGACGAACCACUCCAUCGUGACAGAUGUCGAGCACAAUGCCCUCGGUCUUCUGACAGAUCUCUUUGAAUUGGAUCGCUCACAAUGGCACAAUGGCACUUUCACCACGGGUGCCACGGCGAGCAACAUCCUCGGCCUCGCAUGUGGGCGGGAGUAUGUCUUGCGCAAAGUUGCCGAGAAAAAAGGCCUGCGGAUGACAAGCGUAGGAGAGUCAGGACUCUUCGAACUUUUGCACGCCCUGAAUCUCUCUGGGAUACAGGUCCUUUCCACCCUCCCACACUCAUCCCUUGUCAAAGCGGCAGGCAUCCUAGGCAUUGGGCGUGCGAAUGUGCGGAAUAUCGCCCAAUCCUCCAACCCGCUUAAAUUUGACCUUGAGCAGCUUGAACAUGAACUGGCUCGUGCAGACAAGGUCAGCAUUGUGGCCGUCUCCUCUGGUGAAGUGAACACCGGUCGCUUUGCGACCACGGCGGAUGAUAUAUCGCAGAUUCGUCAGUUGUGUGACAAGUACGGGGCGUGGCUCCAUGCCGACGGGGCCUUUGGAAUCUUUGGUCGUGUUUUAAACGACGAUCCUGAAUUUGCAACCGUCAAGCAAGGAAGUCGGGGCCUGGAAUGGGUGGAUUCUAUCACAGGAGACGGCCACAAACUGCUCAAUGUGCCCUACGAUUGCGGAUUCUUCUUCUGUCGGCACCCCGAUCUGGCUGCUAGUGUGUUCCAAAAUGCCAAUGCAGCUUAUCUCGCCGGGGGUCCCUCGGAUGGGCCUGUCAUACCAUCGCCUCUGAAUAUUGGAAUUGAAAACUCUCGCCGUUUCCGGGCCUUGCCGGUCUACGCAUCACUGCUCUACUAUGGCAAAGACGGAUAUCGCGCGAUGUUGGAACGUCAAACCAAACUCGCACGAGGCAUCAACGAUUGGAUCUUUGAUCAUCCUGACUACGUGGCCUUGCCCAGAACGUCCUCAAAAGCCGAUCAUCUGGACCAGACAUUCAUGUCCGUGUUGUUUCGUGCCAAGGAUGACACCUUGAACAAGCAGCUUGCUCGGAAGAUCAAUGAGACUUCGAAGAUGUUUGUUUCUGGGACUAGUUGGGAUGGUGCCCCUGCUACUCGAAUCGCAGUUUCAAAUUGGAGGGUCGACGUGCAAAGAGAUUUGGAUUUGGUGACUGGUGUACUGGCCGAAGUUGCGCGCUCAUGA